UCAUUUGUAUGCGGAUAUAUGACGUGUACACAUCGAAUAGAACAGAACCGGUGAAUAUGGCAGACCAAAAAGGGAACAGCCCACCUCCUUUAUUAUUAUGUUCGACUAAUGAUAGUAUAACACCUGGAAUUUUUCGACCCGUGCCUGCAACAGCAUCGUUAUUUCCUACAGAUGAAGAUGGUGAAGCGGAUAGCUUCUUGGGGCAGAAUGAUCCUCCAGAUCUCCAAGUAGGGGCUCCACCCCCACCCUCAAACCAACAAGCCACACCCUCAACAUUCUCCUACUUCCAGCAACAGCAGCAGACCUCAGGCUCUGCCCCAUCAGACCCAUUUGCAGGAAUAUCCUCACAGGGUCAGACAUCCUUUGCCUCACCCUUGCCUCAACCUGCCCCACUGACAGGUCCUGCAGCUGUGCCAACUUAUGCACCAACAAACCAGUUUGGGUCACCGCCUUCAGUGCAGGCCCCACCCCAGGCAGUGCCGUUCACAUCAGCUCAGAAUAUACCCCCUCAGCCUCGUGGAGUACACUUUCAAGAUGAGCCCCCUCCAGGCCCACCUCCUCAAGUCACCAGCUAUUCCCCUAGUGCUCCUCCUCCAACUGGUGUUCUUCCACCAAGUGCCACCCCUCCCUCUGGACAACCUGGUGCAAGGUUUGGUAUUAAAGGGUACCAACACAAGCCCAUGGCACACCCAAUAGGGGGUGUGACUCCAGCAAGUGGGCCCUUACCCCCGGGCAUUUUGGCGCCGCCUCCAAAAUUACAACAGUAUGAUGCAAGCAAACCACCUCCCACAUCAGCAGAGGUCCAGCAGCAGACACAAUCCACCCUGGGAGGAUCCCCUAGGUCCGGGGCUGCUUACCAGACCAUCCAACCCCAUUGGUUCUACUGUAAGGAGAUGGAGAAAAGAAACAUCUGGGUACCAUUCAGCAUCAUUGAUUCUAUCAAACUGGAAGAGGCCAUGCUUAGAGCACAAACUUCAUCAGAAAGCAACAUAAUCAUCUCCACGAAUGGAGGGCGCUAUGACGUGAGUCUGUCUGAGCGAUUGCGGUUUGCCAUCUACUGGGAUGAGAAGCCUUCACAGGUCAGGAGAUGUACAUGGUUCUACAAGAGCGACAGUGAAAACAGAUUCAUUCCAUAUGAAGAACAGAUGGCUAAUAUGCUUGAGGAAGAAUACCGGACCGCAACACUUCAGAACCAAUGGCACCGGAGACUGGAGCUCUCCGAUGGUGAGACCAUCAUCAUGCACAACGCCAACGUCAUUGUCCACUUCCGACCCUCGGCCAGGCCGGACGAGUGGGGUGCAUCACCGGACACUCAGAUGAGACCCAGGGUGGUCAAGAGAGGUGUUGAUGAUAUCGACAGCAUCCAACAGGGAGAGCCAAGUCAAGUGGACCAUCUAGUCUUUGUAAUCCAUGGCAUUGGACCAGUGUGUGAUCUAAGAUUUAGAACCAUCACAGAAUGUGUUGAUGAUUUCAGAUCACUAUCACUUGGUUUGAUGAGUUCUCAUUUUAAGUCAGCCCAGGAGGAAGGAAGAGCAGGGCGUGUUGAAUUCCUACCAGUAUACUGGUAUGCAGCGCUCCAUGGGGACGCCACAGGUGUCGAUAGGCGACUAAAGCGCAUCACUCUUCCGAGCAUCAACCGUUUACGAAACUUCACCAACGAGACACUCUUAGACAUUCUUUUCUAUACCAGUCCUAUUUAUGCCCAGCAAAUUGCUGAGGUGGUGUGCUCUGAGAUCAAUAAAUUGUAUGCCAAAUUUCAAGAGAGAAACCCUGAUUUCUGUGGCCAGGUCUCCCUUAUUGGACAUAGUUUAGGUUCCCUCAUUGCUUUCGACCUCCUCAAGCACCAGAAGGACGGUGAGGAGGUGGAGUCGGAAGAGAACCUCAUCAAGUCUGAGAUCUACGCUGACAAACCCCCGACUCCUGCGCCCUCUGCGGAGUCCCUGACACCGUCCAGCAGCAGUGCGUCCCUUCUCAGCGGGGCCACGUUGGACGAAGGUCCCGCAGUCAUCACCCUUGAGGAAUCCCUGGAAUCUAUGGGGCUUCUGGACCUGCUACCCAAGUUUGAGCAGGAAAGAAUCGACAUGGAAAGUCUGCUCAUGUGCAGUGAUGCAGAUCUAAAAGAGAUGGGAAUUCCCCUUGGUCCCAGGAAGAAACUUGGGGGCUUCCUUCGAGAUCAAGCAGCAAAAGAGGCGAAGCGAAAGGAAUCCCUGAUGCAACAAGAACAGGCCAAGGCUGAACAGAAAGCUGUGCAGGAGGAGGAGAGGCGGAAACAGGAAGAGUUGGCAGUUUCAACGGUAGUACAAUCCUCCUCCAGGAAUGCUCUUCAUGCUGCAAUGUCUGUUCAUGUUGACUAUGAACCAGGGCUAGAGGGUGUUGGGCAGCCAUUUGUAAACUAUCCUCAGCUAGACUUCAAUCCAGCCUGUUUCUUUGCCUUGGGUUCUCCUAUUGGUAUGUUUCUCACGAUAAGAGGUGUAGGGAGAGUGGGUGAGAACUAUCGACUGCCAACCUGCCCUUUCAUGUUCAACGUGUUUCACCCUUUUGACCCUGUGGCAUACCGUAUAGAGCCCCUGAUUCAUCCAACCUUAGCAGAUAUCAAACCUGUUCUAAUGCCUCAUCAUAAGGGAAGAAAACGACUUCAUCUAGAGCUUAGAGAAAGCCUCUCCCACUUUGGGUCCGAUCUCAAGCGCAGCCUCAUAGAGUCAAUGAAAAAGACAUGGAACACCUUACAUCAAUUUGCGCUUGCCCAUCGGACAGAAGAGGAACAGGAAGAAACGGAUCCCAACACCGUCACAGAUGAGCAGAUGGAAGCGGUUGCCGAGCAACUGAGUAAACAGCAGCUAGCCAAUCAGCAAACUGAAGCAGACGGGCAGUCAAGAGAGCAAGAAGAGAACCUAAGACUUGGUCAGUUGAACGGAGGGAAGCGAAUUGAUUACGUCCUACAGGAAGCACCCCUAGAAAGCUUUAAUGAAUAUCUCUUCGCUAUGAGCAGUCAUGCGUGUUAUUGGGAAUCUGAGGACACAGUAUUAAUGGUGCUAAAGGAAGUGUAUGGAGUCUUAGGAAUCUACCCUCAACUAUCAGGACCAAGAUCCGAUUCAACACCUAGUACCCCUCUCAGAUACUAGUCUGGUCUCAUUGAGCAUUGCUAGAAUCUUGCAAUCAAUUCCAAGUCAAUUUGGGGUCUGAAAAUCGUUCACAAGUCUUCAAGUUAAUUGCAAAUAAAAUUGCAAAUUUGCACUCAAUUGCUGGUCUGCUUAUUUAAAAAUGGAAAGUUCUAUUUGCUCUAUCAGUUGUGAAUUGGCAACCGAAAUUUGCAAUUGAUUGCAAGUAUUUUCUGUCAACGCCCCCAUGAGACUGUUUAGAUUGGUAUAUGAAGCAAUGUAGACAUUUUCACGUUCAUGGACCCAGUUACUAAUAGGCCCGUAUUCUGAACUCGGGUUUAGAUUAAACCCUGGUUUAAAGUUGUGGUUUAACUAUGGAGAGCCAGUUGGGGCACAAAUAUAUAUUAGUACAAUUUCAAUUUAUUAAUUCACAUGACACUGAAAUCAUUCAUAAAUGCUGGGAAUGAUAACUGAAGUAUU